AUGGAUUUGUAUGGGAAGAUGGCUGCCACUCAGGAUGGGAAAGGGAAGGGGGAGGGAGGGGACCAAAACUUUGACUACAUGUUCAAGCUGCUGAUCAUCGGCAACAGCAGCGUGGGCAAAACGUCUUUCCUCUUCCGCUACGCCGACGAUGCUUUCACCUCGGCUUUCGUCAGCACGGUGGGCAUCGACUUCAAAGUGAAGACCGUGUACAAGAACGACAAGAGGAUCAAACUGCAGAUCUGGGACACAGCAGGCCAGGAGCGAUACAGGACCAUCACCACCGCCUACUACCGCGGGGCCAUGGGCUUCAUUCUCAUGUACGACAUCACCAAUGAAGAGUCGUUCGGUUGCGUGCAGGACUGGUCGACGCAGAUAAAAACCUACUCAUGGGAUAAUGCACAGGUGGUGCUGGCUGGGAAUAAAUGUGACAUGGAGGAGGAGAGAGUGGUCUCGGUUGAUAACGGCAGACUGCUGGCAGAACAGCUGGGUUUCGAGUUCUUUGAGACGAGCGCCAAGGACAACGUGAACGUGAAGCAAACCUUCGAGCGUCUCGUCGACCUGAUCUGCGACAAGAUGUCCGAGAGCUUGGACACGGACCCGGCCAGCACCACAGGAGCGCCCACUGCCAAACUCACAGACACUGCUCCGCCCAUGCAGCAGCCGGGAUGUAACUGUUAG